AUGGAGUUGACUAAUGAGGUAAAUGAACUAAGAGAAAGACUUGAUGACAACAUUAUCAAAGGCAAAGAUUUAUCUAUUUUUUGCUUAAAAAAUACAAGUGAACGGCUAGAGACUGAAGAAAAAACCGAGACAGCAAAAAAAUUCUUUAAUUUCUCUCCUUUUGCAGGAAUAAAAGAAGGGGGAUUUGGCUAUGAAGCAACAAAACAAUUGAUAAAUGACUCUAACUUGACUCCUGAACAAGUAGAAAACGCCUAUCACUUAAAUAAAGAAAAAUUAAAGAAAGAAUAUCCAGAUGCAGUGGAAGAAAAUAAUUGUAGCAUUGGUGCUCAAGCAUAUUUAGAUAAACAUUAUCCUGAAGAAAAAAAAGGAAAUAUUACAGAAUUAAAUCUCCGGGAUAAAAACUUAAGAGGCUCCUUAAAACUAGAAAACUUUACUAAACUUAGGAAAUUAGACUGCUCGGACAAUAGAACUUAUGAUCGUGGCAAAAUCACCUCUUUAGAGAUCAUCGACUGUCCAAAACUGGAAAGAAUUGAUUGUUACGGAAACAAUAUAACUGAAUUAAAAAUAGGUAAAUUAGACAAUCUUGCUAGGUUAUGUUGUUCUAAUAACCAACUUAGAGAGAUAGACAUUAAUGUUUGUCCAAAUUUGAAAGAAUUUGACUGCAGUGAUAAUUACUUAGUUAAUCUUGAUUUAAGCAAAAACAGGAAAUUAUGGAGAUUAAACAUCGAGAAUAAUAACUUUGCUGAACAAGAUCUAAGUUUUUUGAGCCAUCUUGCUAAUUUAAAGGGACUACGACUAAGAAACCGCUUAACUAAGUUAGCAUCAACUGACUUAUACUAUUAUGAAAAAUUAAAGAAAGAAAGACAAUACCAAGAAAACCUAGAAAAAAAGGCAAAAAAUAUUUACAAUCGCUUUACUGGUUCUUUAAAACCUUUGAAAAAUCUAACUAAAUUGGAAAAUCUUUAUAUUGAAAACACUAACCUUGAUUCUGGACUAGAAUACUUGCCAGAAAGUGUAAGAAUGAUAUUUUGUGCCCAAGAUAAUUAUGAUGAAAUAAAGGGUGAGGCUGAAGUUAGGAAAAUAGAGGACGAAUUACUCCUAUAUGGUUGA